CCUCUGUGACUCCCACAAUGGACCUUGGACCUUCCAGUAAACAAACAUUGGAUGGCUUUUCGAGUGGUGUGUGUAGUUGCUGAGCUGCUGCGGCCGCCUGGUCUGGUCCUACACGUAGGCUGGAGGAGCAGGCCGAGUCACAGGACUGUCCAGAGGUGGUACAGACCAAGUGCCGCUCUCCAGGGAUCUCAGACUGAGCCCAGUGUUGUGUCAGACUCCAGUGAGGGGCUACAGCUCUCUCAGAGCUGUGUAAAGCAACUGUUGGCUGUGACAGAGGAGGACCCAGCUGCCUUACUGAGGGUGGUCGUGGACGGUGGAGGAUGCUCUGGAUUCCAGUACAAGUUUGUUCUUGACAGCCAAAUCAACUCUGACGACAAAGUAUUUGAGAGAGAGGGUGCCCGAGUGGUGAUUGAUGAGCUCUCUCUUAGCCUCCUCAAAGGAGCCACUGUCGACUACUAUACUGAACUCAUUCGCUCUUCAUUCAGAAUCACUGGCAACCCCAACGCUGAACAAGGCUGCUCAUGCGGAGCUUCAUUUGCUCUGAAAUGAACUUUGUUUCUUCUUCAUUAUUGUAACAACAUACGUACAUAUUAUGUAAUUAUGUUCCUACAUGGUUUGGCUAUUACUACAUAAUUAUAAUGUGUGUAUAAAAUCAAGGCAUACAGCUAUAAUUAAAA